AUGUCUUCAUCAGAAACCCCCACUGUUUCUGCAACUCCCAUGGCUUCAUCAGAAACCGCUGAUGUUGAUUCUCAUAAUCAAAACUAUCCUGAAAAUCCAAUUGCUGGAUCUGAAACCCACAAUGUUGCUAAUGCAACAUUUCCAACAGGUUCUGCACAAAGGUACAUUGCUGACAUCAAUGGCUUGGUACCAACCAAAAUUAUCCAUUUCCACAUAGUUGUUCGUGUUAUGACCAUCUGGAAAAUGAUAGAGAAUAAAAAUAAGAAUGUCAAAUCUGUUACGUUGGCAUUGAUUGAUGCUCAGGGAUCCAAGAUUCAGGCUACUAUACCUGCGAGGAUAAUGAAAGAUUUCCAGAAGUAUUUCCUUCAAGAGGGUUGUGCCAGGAAGAUCUCACGUUUUGAUCAUUACCUGAAUAUAAGUGGGGGAUACCGUUGCUCAAAACACGAAUACAAAAUUGUAUUCCGACCUAACACAUUGGUUCAAUCUGUUGGUUACCAUGACAUCCCUAAUCAUGUAUUUGAAUUUACCCUUUUGCAGAAAUUACCAAUUUUGUUGCAAAUUUUGACUUCUGUUUUGGUAAGGACAACAUCUUUCAGAUUUGAGUAUAAUAUUUUCCUUAUGUAUCUUUUAAGCAAACAUGCAAGUAUGAUUAAUAUGCAUACAUUUAUUUCAAAUUUGUUGGGACACAUAAUUGGUUACAGUGAUCCAAUUAUUGAUAAUGGUAAGAAGAGAAUUUCGGUUGAAUUGGAAGAUGAAAGGGCCGAUAGGUUAAAGGUCACAUUAUGGGAUGAGCACGCAGACAAGGUUUAUACCAUGAUGACUAAUAAUCCUGAUUACCCUGUUGUCCUGAUUGUUCAGUAUGUCAAAUGCAAGAAAUACUACUAUAUUAGAUCUGCAAGCAUCCAAAAUAUAUCCAUGCUAUCUUCCAUUUCUGGAUACACAAAUUUCGAGGAAUUUGUGCGUGAUGCUGAGAUGUUGACACUGGCUGGGAUUGAUGAUUUGGAACAGCCAUCAGGUGUUGUUGUUUUUGCAAAGAUAUCUGGAUUGGCAAAAGAGGAUGACUGGUUAUACAUAGGCUGUAGCAACUGUAAUAGUAAGGUCGUUGAGAUAGAAUCAUCUGCAAAGGAAAACCUCACUGGUGGGAAACAACGGUCGGCCUUUGGCAAAGGUAGAAAGGUAGAUAAUGAAAAGCCAGUUGGAGUAGCAAAGAAAUGGAUGUGCAAAAACCAUGGACCUGUUUCUGCCGUCGCUGCAAAAUUCAAGUUGCAGGUAUAUUUAGUUGAUGGUUCAAGUAGCAGAAUCGGUACUCUAUGGGACAGAAUGGUGUACAACUUCAUAAACAAGACCGCUUCUGUGCUACGUGAAGAGUAUCCCAAAGGUUACCCUGACAUUCCAGAUGAAAUUGUGGGGAAAAAGUGUCUGUUCAGGCUAGAUGUCUCAGACUAUAACAUUAGAAACAACACCAGUGAGAUAUCAGUUGCAAGGGUUACAACAGAUGCAGACGUUAUAAUGAAGUACCUUGAUGCUGUUUCAGAUGAUCAUGAAAUAGAUCCUGAUCUAAGUGUCGAGUUCUGCCACAAUUUAACCCCAUUAUCUGAGAGCACUGCGAAGACAGCAGUUUCUUGCACUGAUGAUACCGAUAUGAGAGCUCCUGGAGAUGAAACGGGUGACAGUCCUCCACCGAAGAAGAAUGCAUCUGCACAAUGUGGCGAAGAAAGUGUCAAGUCCCAGCCCAACAAGCUGCUUUUCAUUCUAAGAACAGGCAGAACACAAGUUGCCAUGGAUUUUGGGUACGAUCAACUUAUUACUGUCCCAACAGACAUAUGGAGAAAGGGAUUGCGGCUCACAUCAGAUCCAAGUGCAAAUAUUGGCAGUCGUUACCUUUUGGAAUUGAAUCCAAACGUUGCCAAUCAAUGUGUUAUUAACACACAGUACUUUAAAGCCAUAAAUUGGCCUUCAGAACAAAAGCUUUCAUUGGUAAUUGAUGAUAAUCAGAAGCAGUGGAAGUUUCAGAUAUAUACCCAAGAAGAUGAUCUAGCAGGAAACCAAUACUUUAGAGUCAGGGUAUUUAACAAAGAAGGGUACUGUUUCAGCCAUCAUCAAAACACAGUCGGUUCAGACACAUAUGAAGGAGAUACCAUGGCACAUUGUCAGAAGAUUGGACAUUCAAGACUAUCAAUUGUUGAUCCUAUACUACGAUGGAGAACCUAUAAUGAGUAUGGUUCGCGCCAGUUCUGGAGAUUUUCCACAUCGCUUCAUUGUUUAAGGAGACCUCCAAUAUAUGAUGACUUUGAAAAGGAUCCCAACUGGUAUAAAACUCGGAUUUCGUAUAAAUGCCCAGAAGGCAGCCAACAAAGAGUCAUUGAUAUUGGAAGUGCUGCUGCAAGGUUAUUCAGAAAGCAGACAUUGGACAAGAAAAGGAAUAGAGUUCUUCGACCUAUAAGAUAUGUUAAAAGUCAAGUUCCUAUAAGAUUACCACGGCCUGAUCUAUUGACUGCUAAGAUCUCAAGGUAUCAGAGGAAGAAUAUCUUAUAUCAGAGACGUUUCAGUUUAGUUAUAAAUAACCAAUCUCCAGUCAUCUCCAACAGGCAAAGACCAUUUUCUGGAAAGUGUUCUCGAUUGGAGAGGAAGAAACAGCUUGAUAAAAAGAAGGGCAAAGUUAUUCCCGAAGAACAACCUGUUACCCUUGGUGGUAUUGUUAUAAAUGAUUCCAACAAUUUCACAGGAAAUGUUUUCAGGAAUACAUUUUCGCAACAAAUUAAAUAUACCGCAAGUGCUAAUCAAGGUUGCAAUUCCAAUUCACAGUUACAUAAAACUGUAACUAAAUUUAAAGGUACAUAUUAUAUUCCAAGUUUACCUUUUCUUUUCAAGUGUGCAUUGUACUUAACAGUUACACAGACUGAUUUGACAUAA